CACAGGACACACGCGAGGCUGGACGAACACAAGGAGAAACAACAAGGAAACAGCCGCAGAAACGUCAACAAACUCGACGGCCAUGAGUGCUAGUCGAAAGGAUGAUUCCGGAUCGCUGGUUCGACUGAUUCGUUCAUUUCCGCCGGAGAGCGACAUGUUUCACGCCGCCGCGUGCGGAGCGCGUGAAUGGUUGAGUUUGACUCUGACGAGAGCGCGCAAACCAUUGCACACUGACAAACACGGUCUCACCGUGCUUCACAUCGCAGCUCUACAUGGACACCUGGCCUGUAUGGAGCUGCUGCUGGAGGCUGGCGAUUGUGUGGAUGUGGAUGCGAGUUGUCCUCAGGGACGCAGACCCCUACAUAUGGUGCUGACAACUCAGAGCCGACAAAACUCUCACGCCUGCCUCCUUUACCUGCUGGAACAUGGAGCCCAGAUCAAUGUGUCAACAGAUGAAGGAUUGACACCACUGCAUUUGGCCGCUGCAGAGGGUCUGAUGGAUUGCACAGAGACGCUGGUAAGAAAUGGAGCCGACACCCACGCUCGGGACAAGAGGGGUCACACUGCCCUUGACCUCGCUCGCAUCUGGGGCCACAGGCUCAUUGCCAGGUUUCUCAAAGAUGCCAUGUGGCGAAAAGACAAACAGCAGGAGAUGGGGAACACCAAACAGCAACGUGACCUCAGGCAAUUCCAGUGUUUCAAUGUGCUGGAUCUGCCUCGACUGGGUCGGGCCCUAAAAACCAAAGACUCGCCCUGGACUGAGGUGGCCAUGCACCUCGCCGAGGAGUUGAAGCCCGGACACUAUUAGACCCUCAUCUGCAGAGACCGUUGUCAUAUUUUCAGUAAGUGCCAGAGGAAUAGAAAGUUGCGCGAAGUAGAGAUACUUCUGUUCUGAAUGGAAUACUAGUGUACUUCAUACUGUUUAUUAAAGUAACUCUAUUAUGCUUUUUUAAAUAUUAUUUCAUUCUCCUUACAUGUUUAAUAUUUCUGUUUGGGAAGGUCUGCAAGGUUUAAAAGAUGUUAAGUUAUAGUCUUUUAUUAAUAGAAAGAAUCGAUUCUGAACUGUUGAAAGUAAUUCCAGUCUACAAACGCAACAACUCAUUUGCAUAAAGCCAGUCUAUUGGCUGCUUUAAUUCAGCAUGAUCCAGUUCUCAGAAAUAUAAAUAGAUGUCUGUACAAAUAAUGUAAGAAAA